AUGUCGACUAUGGCCCAAUCUAAUAAUUAUCUCUCAAACGAAAAAGACCAGAAAAGCCAAGAUGAAAACAACAAGACCCCCAAUGAGAGUCACUACGUUGAAGCACAAGCAGAAUAUCCUACCAUUGAGAUAGAAUAUCCUGAGGGUGGCCGAGAAGCAUGGCUUGUCGUUCUUGGCGGCUGGUUUGGUCUCUUCUGCACAUUCGGACUUAUCACCUGCGUCGGCGUCUUUCUCGAGUAUUACCAAAAUAUGCCUUUGUCAGAGUAUAGUCCGAGCACCAUCAGUUGGAUCACGAGUUUGCAAGUGUUCUUCCAGGUUGGCGGCUCAGCAAUCUGGGGACGUGUCUAUGAUUCAUAUGGACCUCGAUGGCUUCUUUUCAUUGGAGCUCCUGUCUACUGCUUUGGUCUGAUGAUGUUGUCCUUAUCAACACAAUACUACCAGAUCCUUCUGUCUCAAGCCAUUGUUAGCUCUCUAGGCUCUGGUGCUGUCUUUACAGCGUCCCUCACCUCGACAGCAUCAUGGUUCAAGAAAAGGCGGGGAACGAUCUUUGGUAUUGUCAACUCAGGAUCAUCAGCUGGCGGUAUUGUCUUACCCAUCAUGUUGUCACGUCUUUUCAAGAUCAUCGGUUUUGGAUGGACGAUGAGGGUGGUAGGCUUCAUAUUCUUGGCUUUCAUGACGAUUUCGUGUCUUCUGAUAAAGGCAAAUGGUACUCCGAAGCCUCGUCCCUUUGCAUUUUCGGACUACCAGCGCUGUUUUAAAGAGCCUGUUAUGCUUUUAACAAUGACUGGCGGCUUCUUGUUCUUUUGGGGCAUGUUCCUCCCGUUGAACUACAUCAUCAUCCAGGCAAAGUCGAGUGGUAUUUCACCAGGCCUUGUCCCAUAUCUCUUGCCUCUGAUCAAUGGUAUCAGUCUGGUUGGCCGUUUGACUGCAGGUGCACUUGCGGAUACCAUUGGCCAGUUCAACUGUAUGUUGUUAAUCACCUCUUUCACUGGAGUCUUGACGCUGGUGCUAUGGAUACCAGGGAGUCAAACUACCGGAUCCAUCAUAGCGUAUGCGAUUGCUUUCGGUUAUGGAUCAGGUGGCUACGUCUCCGUCUUUCCGGGAUGCGUCUCCCAGAUUAGCCCAAUUGAAGAAAUUGGCACAAGGAUUGGGCUUGCUUCGCUAGUCAAUUCUUUUGGAGCUUUAACGGGUAGCCCACUGGGUGGUGCAUUGAUUUUGGACAAAAGUGGAAAUGGAAAUAGCUUUAUUGGGUUGCAAUUGUUUUGCGGUUGCACUAUGAUAGCUUCAGUAUUUGCUUAUGGAGCUGCUCGUUGGUCCUUGGUUGGUUUCAGGGUAACGAAGGUGUAG